AUGUCUCAAAAUCCAACUGUCCUUGGAAUCGGGAGUCUCGAUGCUUUGCUCUUCAAUCUCGAUUCUUUGAAAGAUCAUUCGGAGCUCUCAGAGGUAGUGUCUCAAUACCAGGGCGGGAAUUACAGAGCCGUCCUCCGAAACGCAGCCUCACAGGCCCUGUAUGGAAAGCUCAUUCAAACAAUCUCUCUCCCAAGACCUGAACAAGACGCUGCUCUGCAGAGCUCAGGCUUUGAUAGCGAAGCAGGAGCUGUGCAAGUCUUGACUGUAGGAUUAGCUGCUUUUAAUGCCUUCUUGCAGGCCAAUGUCACGGGACCACCACUGGACUUUGGGGAUGUGUUUCCGAGGAAUGGAGAGGGAGAUACAUUCAAGGAGGAGUGCUUGAGAAGUCUGGAUAUUGAUGGGGUCUCGGUCUAUCAAUACAUCCCAUACGUAGAACUGUUCUGUCUUGCGAGAUUCAUCUUCACAGUCUUCUUUCCGCGGAUUGUGGGAGGAGCAUUCAAUGACUCGAAGUGGAUGCGCUUCAGGAUCAAUGCAUACCAUCAAAGACUUCUGUCUGGCGUUUCCGGUGCAAGAUUGAGCGAGUUUACAGUAUUGCAGGAUGCUAUUGAUAAAGAUUUGAAAGGCCUGGAGGAUGAAAUUCUAGGCGACAGAUCUACGUUUUCGACAGAAGCAAAGGUGCAGUUUCUGUUGGAAAAAGCACAAGUUUACAUCCUCCAGGGUCAUGAUAUCAAGGCUCGAGAGAACGUGAAGCUUGCUAAGACGGUUUCCGGGUUCACUUAUGCUCUAACAGGAGCACUUGGGAAGCGAACGAAGUUCCAGCAGAAUGAUCUGUCACAAUUGGUGGUCCUUGCUCAGAGCAGCGAGUCUGACGUCUCAACUGAGGCUUUGUCAAAUGGCCUCAGAGAGAGCACAAUGUCAAAUGGAGAUUCGACCAAACCAGAGGCAUUACAGCUGAACGACGACACUCUUCUAGAGUCCAUAGAGUUCACCACCAACAAAGUUGAUCCUACCAAUUUACCUUCAGAGCUAGUAGGGCUCCAACCCAAUGACCAACCUCAACUGAAAUCCCUGGACCAAAUCACUCUUCUCACAGAGGCAACCAUCAAAGAUACCUUUCUUCCUCUCGACAAGUUGAACAGUGAAGAGAUUCUUCCCUUCGCAACACGAGUGCUUUCAGACAAGCCCACCAAUUGGCAAAUUUACACACAGGCCCUCCUAGUACGCAGCCGGAUCGAAUCCCACCGCUCCAGAACCCAAGAGCGCAGUAUCCUCCAGUUGCAAGUCAUUGUUGACCAGAUCAUCGCCGAUACUCAAGAAGAGCCCUCUUCAGAAGUAGCAGACAUUCCUGAAAUCCGAGUCACGCAGUUCAUGCCACGAGCGAAAGCUUCGGAAUCUGCACCUGUUGCAGAACGCCUACGGUAUAUCUACCAACUCAACACGCCAACGAGAUGGGAACUAGAAACUGAGCUCGCAUAUGCCUGGUCAGGAGCAGGUAGUUUUGUAUCUGCCCUCGAGAUCUUCAAGCGCUUGAAGCUUUGGGCUGAAGUAGCCCUCUGUUACCACACUGUAGGUCAAGAAGAUAGAGCACGGCAGGUUAUCCGUCGCCAGCUGUAUUUCUCAUCCAAAGGCCCAGAGAUGGACAAAUUCCACAUCGAUGCCCCUGAGCUCUUGACCGAAAAUUGGGAAGGCGAGAUGCGUCCUACCCCAGCUCAUGCCCCCCGUCUCUGGUGCAUCCUAGGUGAUCUUGAGAACGACCCAGCAUGUUGGCUGCGUGCAUGGGAGAUCUCUAAGCACAGAUAUGCACGAUCACAGCGUAGUUUAGGGGAAUACUACGUCAAGGCCGGCAAGUUGGAAGAAGCCCGUGAUGCAUACAUGCAAGCCACUGUUGUCAACCGACAAAACGAAGACUCCUGGUCACGACUUGGCGAUCUGGACCUCCGAAUCGGGAAUUGGGAUGGAGCUAUCAUCGCUUUCCAGCAAAGCAUUAUGAUUGACGACACUGAUGCGAAGACUUACUCCAAUCUCGGUUCCGCUCUCCUAUCCAAACACAAAGAACUCGUUACCCUAGAGAAAGCAGCUGCCAAAGAUGUGAUCCUCCCUCCAUCAACGACCGACGCAGAUUCUGACUCGGAAGAAGCCACCUCCCCAAGAAAAGACAUAGGACAAGAUCCCAAAGCCAUCCUCCACCAAGCCCUGCAAGCCUACAAACGCGGUGCGGCACUCGCCCACUCCAACUGGCAGAUCUACGACAACGUAAUAACCAUCGCGCUCCGCCUUUCUCCUCCUUCAUUUCCUGAUCUGCUCCUCGGUCUCCGGGCCGUUCUCAGAAUACGCGCUCCAGCUGUUGGAGAACAUGCCAUCGAUAUAGACGUGCUACGUGCUCUAGUUGCGGAGGUCACAUCCUCUGAGCGAACACCCAGCACCUACCCUGGUGAAUCCGCGUCCGAAAAUAACGGGAAAUACAUCCCACCGCGAGGCACACUUGGUCGUGCGUUGAUCACUAUGGUCGACAACGAGAUAGUCCCACUUAUAACCAAGCGCGGCGAGCUCUGGGUCUUGGUUGAGAAGUUGCGGUUCUGGCAACGAGAUCACGAAGGCGCGUUGAGAUGUGCGGAGCGGGGAUGGAGGUUGGUGAUGAGUGCUGCUGAGGCAGAGUGGUUGGUUGAGAAGGACGGUUGGCAGGCUGUGGUAGGUGUGACGGAUAACUUGGUGAGUGCGUAUGAAAAUUAUGGGGGCAUGGAGGGGGUAGAUGGGAAGGAAGUUGAGAAGGGGUGGAAGAUGAAGGCGAGGAGUGCGGUCAGGGGUGUUAUGGCGAAGGCGAGGGAUGCGUGGGAGGGGACUGCGGAGUGGGGAAUAUUAGAGGGGAGAUUGGAAGAGCUGAAGAGUUGA